AUUCGUGAUCUCUUCCACAAGUGUUUUCUGCAUUUACGUUUCGUAGAUAAGCCAGUCUGAGUUGUCCUACUUAUUGUUGAUAUAGUGAUUACAACGGCGAUAUAGACAAUACAGAGUCCCUAUCGGUAAAUUUAUUUCCUUUUAGUCAUUUCUCGGUUAACUUUGGUGGGGUCACCGCCAAAAAAAAAACAUCGUCAAACUAAAACUCUAAAAUGUCUAAUAAAAGUAAAGUGUUUAACGUGGUAUCAAGCGUGUCAUUAAUUUGAUUUUUUGAAUUUUCUAAAAUUUGUGCAAUCAAAUAAUCCAUUUACGAAUAAAAUGUGUUUUAGAGUGGUCAUCUUCCUGUGAGAAAUGCCAAAGCCCGGCCACCCAUUUCCGGUAAAGGACCUUCAAGCUGUAUUGCAAAGGACGCUCAGCCAACAACUCAAUAUAUUGCAUAUAGAAUGGAAAAUGUUGACAGAACCUGGAGAGAAUUUCGGAAGUCUAAUUAUAGCAGUAGAUGUGAAUAUGACCAGAGAUAGUAACCCAGAAAUAUUAAAUAUCGUAGUGAAGUUGCCACCUCCGACAGUCUUUCUUCGAGAUCUCUUUAAUAGUCCUCUAACAUUCAAGAAGGAAUUGCAUUUUUAUGAAAACAUUGUGCCAGCCUUCAUUGAGCUCCAAGUAGAAAAUGAUAUUGAACGUGAUCAAUUGAUCAAUCUCGCACCACGUUAUUACGGUGGUAGAUUAGGUCUAGGUCAACCUGAUAUUUUUGAUGAGCAAUCUUGUCUAGUACUGGAAAACCUCAAUUACCAGGGUUUCAGUACCGGAAACAGGAUACAGGGACUUGAUAAAGAGCACAUGGACUAUGCUACCAAGAGGCUUGCACAGCUUCAUGCCUUGAUGAUUGGCCUGAAGAUAAAGAAACCAGCAACAUUUAAGAAAGUGAUUUCACCAGCCCUAUUGAGUCCUAUAAACGAGACUACGAUGGAUGGUGUUACCGCGAUGGUCGACAGUGCGCUUGCAGUGAUUAGAAGCAUGCCGGAAGCUGAGGGUUAUUUUCCACAAGUAGAAAAGGUUAUGAAAUAUUCUGAAGAAAUGCAUAAUUCUUUCGUUAAGGGUGAGGAACCAUGGUCUACCAUGGUUCAUCAUGAUUUCUGGGUAAAUAAUAUGUUAUUCAAAAAGGAUCCUGAUGGAAAGAUCAUUGAUUUAAAGAUAAUUGAUUUUCAAUUAUACUGGUAUGAUGUAGGAAUAACGGAUCUUGUGUUCUUUAUGUUAUCAAGCGCCAAGAAAGAUGUUCUAGACGAAAGUCUUGAUGAUUUUAUUGAUCUCUAUUACCAAUCGUUCUUAGAUUGCCUUGAAUUACUUAAAGUGAACACUAAGGACUUUUCCAGAAAGUCGUUUGAUGAACUUUUACAAAAAUAUGCUCCGACUAAAUUUCCUCAAUGUAUAAUGAUGACUCAAGUGAUAAAAGCGGAUCGUAGUUCAACAAAGGAAAUGGAUGAGAUCGGAAACCAAGAGACAUUUUUGUCAAAUUCUUCCAGCAAAUUAAUACGCAAUACAUUGUUGCAUAUUUUGAAAAUUUUUGAGAAAAAAGGUUGGUUUCCUCAAUAGUAUGUUUAUAAAAAAAAAUAAAAUUGCAGAAACUAUCGAGUUUUUCUUGAUAGCUUCAAAAUAGAUAAUCUUUUCUUGAUAGUUCACCGUAUUGAACUAAUAAACAUAUAGACUGUCCUUAAGUCAAAUAUAAGUCAAAUAUAAGAUGGUCCCUGUAGACCAGAUUUUACUUGUGGCUGAUUUAUAUGUUUAGCGAAAAGGGGAUUAUAAAACAUUUAAAAUACAAAUUUUGUGUAUAACUUACAAGAAAUAAAAAAAUGAUACAUUUGUUAAA